UAAUCUCAGUAAUGAUGUUGUGUUGGAAACGAUAAAGUCAUGUCAAAGAAGAGGGUCUCUUACUUCUAUGACCCGGAAGUCGGUAACUUUCACUAUGGUGCCAACCACCCUAUGAAACCCCACAGACUAGCGCUGACUCAUGAUUUGGUUAUCGGCUAUGGAUUGUACAGAAAGAUGUCGGUGUUCAGACCUUGCAGAGCAACAGAUCAGGAAAUGUGCAAGUUCCACUCUGUAGACUAUGUAGACUUCCUCCAGCGUAUCUCCCCUCACAACAUCCAGGGCUUCUCAUUUCUGUGCAACAAAUUCAACGUUGGUGACGAUUGUCCAGCCUUCAGCGGACUAUUUGACUUCUGUUCGAUUUAUACAGGAGGAACGCUAGAAUCAGCCGUACAGCUGAACAACAACGUGUGUGACGUAGCAAUAAACUGGUCAGGCGGCCUCCACCACGCUAAAAAGUUUGAAGCCUCCGGGUUCUGCUAUGUCAACGACAUCGUACUAGGCAUCAUGGAGUUGUUGAGGUACCACCCUCGAGUACUCUACCUCGAUAUCGACAUCCACCACGGAGAUGGGGUACAGGAGGCGUUCUACCUCACAGACCGAGUUAUGACCGUCUCCUUCCACAAGUACGGAAACGGGUUCUUCCCCGGUACGGGCGACAUGUACGAGGUCGGGGCUAGAGAGGGGUGUAACUACAGUAUAAACGUGCCCCUGAAAGACGGGAUAGACGAUCACAACUACAUGAGUAUCUUCAAGCCUGUCAUGCAGAGCGUUAUGAAACAUUAUCAGCCCUCUGUUAUUGUACUCCAGUGCGGAGCAGACUCACUAGGGUGUGACCGACUGGGCUGCUUCAACCUGUCCAUAAGGCAGCACGGGGAAUGUGUGGACUUCAUGAAGAAGUUCAACAUUCCUAUGAUAGUCCUGGGCGGGGGUGGGUACACUAUAAGGAAUGUAGCCCGGUGCUGGGCUUACGAGACAAGCCUGCUGCUCGACACGCCCAUCAGUAACGACCUACCAUGCACCGACUAUUUCGAGUACUUCGCCCCAGACUACACACUCCACCCAGACACCACAACCAAGAUAGAAAACCAAAACACCCGGACUUAUCUUGAUAAUGUGAUGACUACGGUGGAGGAGACCCUAAGGAACCUCAGCUUCGCUCCCAGCGUUCAGAUGCAAGAGAUACCACCAGACUUCUACGUUUCCAAAUACCAACAAGAGAGUAAGCCUAUAGCAGAUAACGAGUUUUACAGAGACGACAAAGAUAACGACAAGUAACAUCACCUUGUUUAAGGGACGAUCUGUGUAACAUUUCCGGAAAGUCCCGUAUUUUUGAAAAUCCACAAAGAUGUAUUUCAGAUGGAUCGAACUCGGCAUUUUUAUCAAUAAAUUUCGUCAUUGAGAUAAGACCCGCCAUGAAUCACGAACAUAAGAUCUGAAUGUUAUCUCGUUAUGCAGUGAACUGACUUAUUAUGUAAGUUAUAUAAGUUAUAUAUUAAGUUAUGUAACUUUAUAACUUUAUAAAAAUUUUAAAGUUUUAACUAUGCUUAGCAUAUUGGAUUCUAGUCCAGUUUUUUCUAGGUUACAGUUUGAUAUUAAUGGUUAGCAUGUUACUUUCUUUUGAAUACUGACACCAAUGAUCAACCGACACUGGACACAAUCACUGUAGCUAUAUUAAUAUGAAGAAUAUAAAUAUUGUAGACAUCGAAUCAGAAUCCCGAACCAUCCCAAUAUAAUAAUAUAUAUUGAGAUGGUUCGGAAUUCGAUAUUAUCGUAAUUCAAUAACUUCUUAGAUGUUCUGACACUGCUCAGGCUCCGCUGACGGUUAACUAAAUUUUGAGAGAGUGUUUUAACUUUUAACAUUUACACAAAAAAAUGAAAACGUAGAAUAUUCUGAAACAUACACGACAUUACAGAACGACAGGGAAUGUUAAAAUUUUUACGAGAUACUCGUUUCUCUAGAUCAUGGAUUAUAUUUAACUAUUGCGGACUCUGCCCGACUGUGUUCUAUCCAGGUUGAUCUUUGCUAGACACAUUGUGGUGAUUUCAUUUUGCUAAUAAUCGUUAAUUGUUCCCUACAAAUUAUACCGCUCUGGUUUUUCUCAUUCAUAAUGUUGGAUAUGAUAUAUUGCUACUAUAUUUUGUUUUAUGUAUAUUUCUCCUAUUUAUUAUUUGGAAGUUUAUUUAGGCACACAACCAUCAAUA